GGUUCUAGUUAGUUGGAAACGUAGGUCUUUUCUCGUCACUUGUUUUCCUUUCACAUAGUGCUUGCACGUUCUCUUUAUUUCCCCACAGUUCUCAUUCCUUUAUUGAUCAGCAGUAGCUUGGAACUGUGCAAGCUUUUCUUUUUAUCAAUGAUGUGUUGGUUUUAAAUUCAAGAAAUUCAUAUGGUUAGAAUACUACUUUUAAGUUAGAAUCAGUGUUUUGUGUAAGUGUUGAGGCCAGUACGUUAGUACUUGGCCUAGUUUUGUUUUAAGUGUCGUGUCACAUAUGUGUGUUAAGCUUCACAUUUCAUCUUCGUACCAAUCUCUGUGUCACUGUAAACCUGGAACUUUCUACUAUGCGCGACGAGAUUUCAGCGGCAGUUGUCUUUUUAGUCCGCCUGAUAGAAAAAAGCGAAAACUUUAACAGGGAACAAUUGGAACAUUUCAAAAGCAGAUUGUCUGAGCUGCUCCUCGAAAAAUUUGAAAACCAUUGGUUUCCUGAAAAACCUGAUAAGGGGCAAGGUUACAGAUGUAUAAGGGUAAAUGGAGUAAACAGGCGGGAUGAAACUCUUGAACAAGCUGCCCUAGCAUGCGGGAUACGCUAUGAAGACAUGAAACUUCCUUUUGAACUCACUAUUUGGGUUGACCCCAAUGAAGUAUGCUGUAGAUUUGGUGAAAACAAAGGAUCUUUUUGUACUUUAGCAUCGUUCAGUGAUAAAGAAAGUAUUGGUAGCAGUAGUGGUAGUGAGGAUUCACUGAGUGAAGAUUCUCUUAAGGAAAGUCCUUCUCCUCUUUCUACUCCUGUCAAGCAAUCCAAUCAGGUAAAAGAGCUGUCACGAGUCAUUGUGAAAAACAUGGCACCUAUGAAUUUUACAGAAUGGCAGAAUAAUCAAUGGUCCAACAGAAAUAAAAACAAGGAGAAACAGCCAGCAGCAUCAGAUGCAGCAUGGUGGUCGGGGGCGGAGAGGAAGCCUAUACCCGCAACACCCCCUCAAUGCUUGGUACAGCCUCAUUUCACCACCGUGGCUCCCCCCUUCUCCCCCUCCUUAUACCCAUCCAGCCUAUCGCCAUAAAUGGCCACCUCACCGGUACAGCUCUCCUCCUAAGCCCGCAACGCUCAAGGUUUAAUGAUCAGUCGGUUUAAUAAAAGUGGCAGACACAGGAAUUCGUACGUUGGACUUCUCAUCUGUUAAAAAAAAAAUGAAAGGUUAAUUAGGAAUUUUAUCUCACAUUCUCCUCCUUGAUCAGAAAUAUUGAGCAUAAAAUUCAUUUUCUAUCUUGUGUUUUGUUAAUAAUUAUUUAAGGGUGUGAAUUAUAAACUUUUGUUUGGGUAUACAUUUUAAGAUCAUCUGAAGUUUCCUUUUUUUAUUGUAACAUUUUACCCAUUCAACUAAUUUUUUAAAAAAUAAAGAUUUUUCAUAAUAUUUCACAUCCAUUUUUUAAUACAAAAGAAUUUACCAAACAUUUCCAGUCAAUUUAAUAUUAAAUUUCGAAAUAAAAAUUUUAUUUUCAUAUGGAAUUUUUAAGAAAUUGAAAUUUUCAUAAUUUGUUACUAUAAAUUUGUAAUAUAUUACUUUUUUCAAACUAUAUUUUUUUAAUGACGACAUUUUUAAAAAUUGUAAAUAGGAUUUGCAAUUUGACUGGCUAGCCAUAGGGAUUAUUUUAGAUAUUUUUUGUAUAUUGCCACAAUAAAAAAAAUUAAAAAAAAAACAUUUCUAAUCAAAAUAUAACCAUUACUCAUUAAACAAAUUUUAAUGAAUACGAUGUAUGCUCUUCCAUCUAUUAAAUAAAUAGGUUAAUUAUACAAUGGUUAUGUUAAUUUAUAUUGAAUAUUGGCAUUUAUUUAAUUUAAUUAAUUAAAUUUGAAAGUACAAGAACAAUUAUUUAGGUCUGUAAAUAUUGUAAAACAUUGUGAUAUGAAAUAUUUUGUAUAUUACUCUUUACUUUAUUGUCUAUAUAUGAUUAUACUGGUAUAAAUACAUUCAUUUACAUUCUAUUAUUUAUAAGAAUCAUUGUAUAUUUCACCCAACAUAAACACGAAGCGUCAUUUGUACCAUUGACAUAAUUUUAGUUUUAAAAAUGAAUAAAGACUUUUUAGUAGUUAAUAACUAUUAAACUUUAGUUUUGAUAUUUCUAAUAUUUUUAGUGUUGAAAUAUUAUUAGAUAAUUUUCAAGUCAAUCGUAUUUACCAUUGUUAAAAAAAAAAAGUGUUUUUUGGGUGAAUAAUGUACUUAAGGUCAAAUGUGAAAAUGUUGCUUUGUUGUCCUGAUUGUUUAGUGCAAUUGAUCUCUGAUGUUCCUUAUAGUGGAUUUCUUAUUUACUUUCCAGUCUGUAAAUUAUAUAUAUAUUGUAUUGAAGGAAUUCCUCCAUAACAGUGCCUGUUUAGGUGUAAGUGGAUGUGCAUGCAUUGAAUGCUAGUGUGGUACCUAAUUUUAAAAUUUUAUUAAUGCUGGAAAUGGUUAUUCUUUCGACUGUGAUGAACAUCAAUUUUCAUUUCGUGAGCAUUUUGUGAUAUUAGUAUUUCUAUUUGGGUUUUGAACCCCUUUACCAGUUAUGGCCUUUCCUUGUCGCUUACCAAAGUUGCAAUUUAUUUCUGUACAACAAGGAGAAUAAGUUUUUGUUAAAAAUCAGAUUAAGUAUAGAAAGCAAAAUAUAUGAUAUAUUUACAAAUUUAUAUUGAUACAUAUACAUGUAUAUGUAUGUAUAAGUUUAAAAAUAUAUUUAAUUUUUCUGAUUUUUUUUUCAACUUUUUUUUCUGUAUAUAUGAAAGUAUUGGUAUAUUUUUUCAUUGAACGAUUAUAUAUUGGAGUUAUGAGGCUUUUAUAUAUAUUAUUAUUAUUAUUUUUUUUUUUUUAGUAAAAACUCCAGCAAACCUAGACUUGACUUAAUAAACAAUUUAAGAAAUUGUUCUGUAACAAUGUUUAUUAUUUAAGAUCUUUCCUCUCUAUUGUUUUUAACAUGCUUGAUAAUGUGUAAUAUUUUCAUCCUUAUGUGUAUAUUUGUAAAGAAAUAUUAAAUCUGUCUAAUGAUUUUUUUUAUGGUGCCUUUUGAUGAAAAAAAAUUUUUUGUUCCUCCUGGGUUUUAGAAGUCUUUAAUAAUUUUUUUUUAUUCCAAUUUUUUUUGUUUUUCUUCUAUAAAUAUAUAUUUCUUCUAUAUUAAGAUGAAUUAUUAACAUAGAUAUGUAGUUUUCAUUUGUUCUAUAUUAUAUAAAGUUAUAGACAUAUAUAUAUAUAUAAAUUUUGUAUUCUUAUUUUAGUAAGAAUAAUUUGGUAUAUGUAUUUCUAAUUGAACCAUAGUGUCACGAUGUAUGUGUAUAUGUUUGAUUUUAAAUUAAGAAUUAAAUUCAUUAAAUUUUUUACUUUUAUUAUUGAAAUUCUAAUUUUUUUAUGUAGUUGAAAGACUCUGCGAUGAUCACGUCAGCUUACAUAGUCAAAUGUUUAUCAAAUUUUAUUCAUUAAAGAUAAUUUCCUUAUCGUCUAGUGGCCUCAGAUUUUAAAUGUACAUAUUGCUGUCUUCAAUCUGAAUACUGUCUUUAUUUAUGUGUGUUUAUUAUUGCAUCAAAUUUAAGAAUUUCAAUUUUUUUAACUUGGUUGAUUGUUUUGGCUGCUGAUAAGCAUUUAUGGAACUAAUAAUAAUGGUAAAUUUCUGCUGUUCAAAAAUAUUAACUAAUGAUGAACUAAUAUUAACUGUUUAUGUAUCAUAUAUGCUGUAAACAAGUUUUUACAAAGUCAUUAUUUAACUUGUAACAUGUAUUAAAAGCCUUUUUGAACUCCUACCCUUAUCAAAAAAUCAAAUUAUAUUUGACUGACAAGGAAGAUUGAAGACAUCAAUUUGUUUUUAGACUAAACUUAACAUAUUAUAUUUGCUCUUAAGCAUUCAAAAUUGGAUCAUAUUAUAUUUAUUACAUUUUCAUUUCAGCUCAUAAUUUUAGUGUUGUUAAUAUAUUUAACUUAUUCUACAAUGUCAUCUUAUCAUGAAUAGUUCAGAAAAUUAACCUGACACUCUUCUGUAAAUAAAAACUAACGGCUGAAAUAAUUAUUGAUAUUAAAAUGUUACACUCGUGUUACAAUGAAGUCUUAUAUAUUUUUGAUUUUUCGGUGUAAUUAAAAAAAAAAAAUGCAUGUAUAUAUAUACAUAUAUAUAUUUUAAAUGUUGUAAUUCAUCUUAUAAUGUUGUGGUUGUCGUAGGAGCUUUACAUAAUAUUCCUUUUUAAAUUCGGAGUAGAACACAACUGUUUUUAUCACAGGGUCCAUUUACCAAAAGCUAAAUAAGUUUUCAAAUUAUUGUAAAAAGUUGUAGGUUAUGUUGUAGUUAGAAAAGUUUAUAUAUUAUAUUUCAAUUUUAUUGUAUUUAUAAAUUCUGUAGUAAAUCUGUUUCUAUUAUUGUUGAGGAAUUAUGCGUAUGAAUACUGUAUAAAGCUGGUCCUUUGAUUUUGAGCACAGCUAAAAACAAAAAUAAAAGAGUGUCAAAUUCAACUAUGAUCUUAUGUAAUGGUAUUGUAUAUAAAUAAUAUUGUGAUCUCCAUGAAUGCAUGAUGAAAAAAAAAAAUGUUUAAACAUAUGUAUUUGUAUUUUUGUUUUCUUUUUUACCUUUUUUUAAAUACUUUUUCAAGAAACAUUAAGUAUUUCUUGUAUCUCUUUAGAUUGUAUUGUUAUUUGUGGAGAUAACAUCCUAUUUUUGUUUAUAUUGGGUAAUUAAAAAUAUGGGAGAGUAGAAAUUUAUAGUCAUACCAUAUAUAUUUUUAAUUACGUUACUGCCUAGAUCCAGCUUUAACACCUUAUUGAGUAGAUUAAUAAACACUUAGUUUUGCAUC